UUUCUCUCACGGUACGCAACAGAAUUUGAUAAUAUAUAUACCACUAGAUAGAGGAAGUCUUCCUGUACAAACCUACAUAUAUCCGGUUCUGGGGUCAAAAAUUACCAUGAAAGUCAUAGUCGCCUUUUGAUUAUGUAACAAAUCAAAUUGAAUGAUAUUUUGUUUUUUUUUAGAUCUAAGUUUUCAAGAUAAUAUUCAUCGAACUUUUGAUAUAAUCCAUUAUUAUAUUAUAUUUGGUAUUUUAAUUAAAUUUAUAAUUUCAUACAAACAUCAGUCACCAUGUAAUUUAAUAUUGGCUCAUCAUACAUGUUGUACUUGGUUUUAUUUAUUAUCCAAAGAAUUACGACAACAAUUUGCUAGUUUUAUUUGUCGAACAAUGCCACAGUUUACCAUGAAUGAUGGAAUAGAUUUUCCUCAAAUUUCACGUCAAAAUCGAUCUCGUUCUAUAUCAUCUUUAAAUGAUGAUAAAACGUUAAUAGAUUUUACAGAUCGAAAAAUGACAAUAACAUCAACAACAACAACAACAUUAACACCACUAACCAAUGAAUAUAAACAAUUAAAAAAAUUAAACAAUGAUUUAACAAGAAUUACGUUCAGUUUUAUUCAAGAUUAUCUUGAAAAAUCAUCUGUACCAAAGACUGUAUUAAUUUGUUUACCGCGUGAUAUUCGUCGUAAUCAUCCAAAAAAAUGUUGGCUAUUUGAUGACUCUUAUGUAUGUAGUAUAAAUGAUUUGAAUGAUUCAAUUACUGAACAAACAUUAUUAAAUAAUAAAAAAGCAGCAAAGGAAUUUAUUUUAUCUACACAAAUACCAAUUGUUAAUGAUAAACGUCGACGACGACAUACUGAGACAAAUAUUCGACAAUCUUCUUCAAUAAAAGAUCCAUCUGAUCUUGAUUCACAAACAAGUAAAGAUGAUCUUGAUAUAAAUUCAACAAAAAUUUUGGAUUCAGAUACAAAUGAUUCAUCAAUAUUUAAUUGGAGAAGUUUAUGGAUUAAUCUUACUUGUCGAACAUUUACAAAUAAAUCGAAUAUACUUGCCUUAAUUCAUCCAGUAUCACCAGUCAUUGACAACCAGAAUGAAAGAUUAUAUUGGUUUGAGGCUAUCAAGUUGAGUGAUACAUGGUCCGAUAAAGAUACAACAACAUUACCAUCGUCAUUUGAUUAUAACGAACAAGCAAGUUCGAGAUUAAUAAAUGAUAAUGUAUUAAAUAGAGAAAUUUAUUCACUAGUUGCAAAUGACGAUCAAAAAGACGCAGCACAAAUAUUAAAUCAAUGUCACGAUGGAGAAGGAAAAAAUAUUCAACGUAUCCCACCGGAAGUACUUGGCACACUACUAGAUGGAACAUUAACAAAAUUAAUAAGUAGAAUUGGUAUUGUUUACAUUGAUCAUGGACAGAAAAUGACCGAAGGAUCAAUAUUAUCUACUUUGAAAGGAUCAGAACGUUAUUAUAAAUUUUUAAAUUCAAUAGCUGAUCUAUUAACAUCUGAAAAACUUAAAGAAAAAAAUUUUCAUUAUCCACUUGGAUGUGAUCGUGGAGAAUGUACUUAUUUUUGGCAAAAAUCUUUAUAUCAAGUAUUAUUUGAUGUUUCAACGAUAAUGCCAAAUCUAUCUGAUGAUCAUAUCAAUAAGAAACGAACACUUGGAAAUGAUGUUGUGCUUAUUGUCUACAACGAUAGUGCUACACCUUAUGAAAUGAAAACAAUUUCGGCUGGUGUUUGCGUUUAUUGUCUUGAAUUAAGUCCAAUACCUGAUACGUUUUAUACUCGUGUAACAUUGAAAAAACGAGGCGAAGUUUUACAAGAAAACGAAUCAUCCCAAAAAAAAGUACCAUUGACACGAUUAACCAAUAUUGAUCAUAUUAUAAUGGAUGAAAAUUUAUCGUCGUACGUCCGCUUACUAGCUAUUUGUGUUGAACAAUAUGGUAAAUUAGAGAAUUUAAAAACACGAUCACCACCGACAUAUUCCAUAUCUACUUGGCAAGCUCGUUAUAAUUAUUUUCAAAAUAUCUAUGCCAAAUCUCAACUAUUUUCAAAUCGUUAA